AUGUCAGACUUUGAAGAGGUCCGCACGGACGACUACCCCCAGCUCAGUCGUCCAUUUGAGUCGAUAAAACCAGACUACGACGUCGUGGUUGUCGGAUCUGGUUAUGGAGCUGGCGUUGCGGCAAGCCGAAUGGCUCGGGCUGGGAAGAGUAUCGCAGUGCUAGAGCUGGGCUGGGAAAGAAGAUCCGGUUCUUUUCCUCAUACUCUCUUCCAGUGCCUGGGGGAUUUGAACAUUUCUGAAACCUCUGCGAAGAAUUCCAAUGUUUCAAGAUGGCUCUCGUCUGGGAAACCGACGCGGCUCUUCCAACAGGUGCUCGGCGAUGGACAGCAUGCUUUCGUUGCUCAUGGACUCGGAGGAUGUUCACUCAUCAAUGCCGGAGUCUUCCUUGAAGCUGACGAAAGAACACUACAAAUGAACUACUCACGCGCGGCAACUAUGCUGCAACCCUCCGCAUAUCCAGAGGAUCAUCCACGCCUGAACAAGUUAGGGCAUCUUCGAGAGCAGUCAAGAUGGCUGGGCAAAGGACAGAGUUUCUAUCGAGUGCCGCUAACUACGUUCUUUCACGGCGGCCGCAACAACGCGGGCGUUGCGAUGCAGGCAAAUAGCGGCUCCGGUCACGAGUGCACCGGUCUUAACGAUGGGUCGAAAACUCGGUGGCCACUACCUAUCUUGCGGAUGCAUGGAACUGGGGCGCGGAGAUCUUUUGCGGGUGCACCCGGAAAGGGUUACAUUGUAUACUUUGCCUGGCACGGAAGCGGGAGGUCGGUGUUCAACGAGGAUUUCAAGGAGCAGCUUUUCUGGGUUAAAGCCAAUGAACUAUGCUUCCUUGCAGCAGGUGCUUUAAGCACUACCGAAAUUCUGCUCCGCUCGAAGGAGCGCGGCAUGCAGAUGUCUCUGCUAGUUGGAAGGAAUCUAUCCGGCAAUGGAGACCUCUUGAUGUUCGGCUACAACAGCAGCGCCAAUAUCAAUGGAAUUGCUCAAUCGUCAAGCGCUCGAAGCCGGCCCGGGCCAACAAUCACCGGCGCGAUCGAUAACCGAGCGUCGCAUAACCCUCUCGCUGGAUACAUCAUCCAAGAUGGCUGCAUCCCUGAAUGGUUGAAUCCCAUUAUCCAGAUCAUGCUCAUCUCGCAGACUAUCGGGAAGCAUUCACUUCAGCUUGGGAAGACCAUCGCCGCGCUGCAAUCUCUCCUCCUAGGCCCGUAUGCCCAUGGCGGGGCUAUCCAGCGCACCUCAACGUAUCUUGUCAUGUCGCACGAUAGCAAUGAGAUAACCUUGACCUUGAAAAACGGUCAGCCGUACCUGCGAGCACCCGCAGAAGGCAGAUCUGCCCACUUCAAGUGGAUCAAGGCCAUACUGAGUGAAGUGUUGGGCCGCUCGGGAGAAAAUAUCGGGUUUUCAUACUUCUAUGGCCGCCAUCAAGAGGAAGUUACGGUUCAUCUGCUUGGGGGAGCCAACAUGAGUCGCGACGGCACAGAAAGGGAAGGUGUAUCUAAUCACCUUGGACAGGUCUUUACUGGACAUGGAAGCGAGGUACAUGAGGUUCUACUAUGCUGCGAUGCUUCGAUUAUCCCGACUGCGUUGGUCUGGAUGCUUGCACCAAGCCAAAAGUAUCACGUUCCCGACCAUCAGCUGAAUAAUGUGAAUGGCAGCAAUGAAACAUCACAACCUAUCAGAUGGCAGUUUACGGAGCUUCUAUGGGGCCAUAUUUCUGUUGAGCCAAACGUUAAGAGCUUUGCACUUUCUGAAAUGGCAGGGAAGGGCUCAUCCUUUCUGAGUGGCAUGGUGGACUUUUUCACACAAGUGGAAGCGAGCGCAGAGUUGACAGCUAUUUUAUACCACCUGCAGCUCAUCUUGGUAGAGGGCACGCAGUAUCUCCUGGAGGGACGCAAAGACAUUGACUUGAACAUAGCCUUUUUGAUCAGAAAGACUUGGGAAGCCACAACUAUGGUGAAUGUUAGUAUCGCUCGACUGGACGGGAUGAAGGUUGGAGCCGGUGCGCUUCACAUCUCAUUGCCUCACUUCCAAAAGCAGAUGAGGACGUUUCGGAUGAUGAAAAAUUUCAAUGUUGGUCUUCUCCUAUCUCUGAUGGCCUUCUUGAUCUCUUUUAUGUACCAUCUCAGCAUGUUCUUCUUCUGUCCCUUUGUGCCAGUGUGGUUCCCCCACACCGCAUAUACCUCUGAUUUGAAAUCCCUUCCCUCAAGCUCCUGCAAAGUCAUUGCGAGUGAUGGUGUACAGAUGCUGCUUGAAAUAUACGACCCGCUCUCUCCGCUGGAACCCCUGCAUCCGGACUCAAAGCACCCACCAGUCCUGUUUCUCCCCGGAGUCACAGGCAUAGGCGCCAUCCAUAGCCUGUACGCGCUGCCAUACCUGAGCCGCAACAUGGUCGACUAUUUCACAGCGCGCGGGCACCGCUGCUACGCACUUGUUCCCCGCUGGGGCUGUGACGCAGCCACGGCAGAGGAGUCCACCGUGUUCGACUGCCGACUUGACGUGGCCGCCGCAUUAGAGCACAUUAAGACCAGAGAGCAGCAAAAACCCUAUGUCAUGGCCCAUUGUCAAGGAUCCGUGGCCCUCGGCAUGGGAUUGCUGGACGGGACCAUCGCAAGCAGCCAAGUCCUCGGCAUCACUGCGAACUCCGUGUUCAUGAACCAGGUCGUCGGCUACUGGAACUCCCUGAAAGGACGGACCACUCUGCUGAUCCGUCUCUACGAGCUGCUUGCGGGGACCUUCUUCCCGGUUGCGAGCAGCGAUAGAGACAGCGCUUUUCAAAGACUGCUGGACGCGCUCCUGCGCUUCUAUCCGUUUGCACAUCGACGGGAUGUCUGUACUUCCACAGCCUGCCGCUGCACGUCGUUUGCGUUCGGUUUGCUCUGGAACCUUGAUAAUCUUGAUGUGCAUCUCCAUGAAAACGUCCAUGAGUUCUUCGCGGGCACCUAUACCAAAUUGCUGAAACAUGUCGUGCGCAUGGGAACCCGGGGCUUCUGUUUGGAUAAUCAGCUACGUCCCCUUCUGACGGCCGAUAAUGUUUAG